CUCUUGUCAGUGCAUUGUCCCGGAUCAGCUGUGCAUGGAUCCGAAACCCCACCCAAUGAGGAAGGGCAAGGCGCAGGGAGAAAGACGGUCUGAAGAAAACAGAGGUUGGGGAUCGCACUAAACAAGGGAGGGGUUUCAAGACUGUCGAUUAAUACAAUAUUUACGCACGGAAGUAGCGUACAAUUUCCAGACAAAUACAUACCGGUAUCCCUCUGCCUGUUUGCGCAACGCGAGCGAGGCGGCGGUAGCUAGGUACAGUCAGCUGAUAUUUGUUAUUUUUUACAAGCCGUUUUUCCAAGAUGAUCGCCUUGAUUAACAAGCUACUGGACUGGUUUAAAGCGCUGUUUUGGAAGGAGGAGAUGGAGUUGACGCUAGUGGGACUUCAGUAUUCGGGGAAGACCACCUUUGUCAACGUGAUUGCGUCUGGCCAGUUCAGCGAAGACAUGAUCCCGACAGUUGGCUUCAACAUGAGGAAGAUCACCAAGGGAAACGUCACCAUCAAGCUGUGGGAUAUCGGUGGUCAGCCUCGAUUUCGGAGCAUGUGGGAGCGAUACUGCCGUGGAGUCAGUGCCAUCGUGUACAUGGUUGACGCUGCCGACCCAGAGAAGAUCGAGGCAUCUAAGAAUGAACUGCACAACCUGUUAGACAAGCCUCAGCUGCAGGGGAUCCCGGUCCUGGUUCUGGGAAAUAAAAGGGAUCUUCCCGGCGCGCUCGACGAGAAGGAGCUGAUCGAGAGAAUGAAUUUAUCUGCCAUUCAAGACAGAGAGAUCUGCUGUUAUUCCAUCUCCUGCAAGGAGAAGGAUAAUAUUGAUAUCACACUACAGUGGUUGAUCCAACACUCCAGAACAAGGCGAACCUCCUGAAAGCCACACCCUGACAACAGAAUCCUGAGAGAACCUCUACCCCUGCCCUCCCCUCAUCCAAGACCUCAUCACCAUGGAAACACCACCUCCUCCUCCUCCUCUGCCCGCCUCCUCAUCCACCCAGUGCCCCUCCCACCUCUUUCUCAUCCCAUACAGAUGGUGUGAAAACCAUAAUUUGCAAUAUUUCAGCAUAUUUUUUGUUUUGUUUUAUACUUUAUAAUAUUUUGUUGUGACUUAUUUGAACUGGAUAAAGUUAUAUAUGCCAGUCCACAGUUAAAGCAUCAUUGUUUUUGUAGAUGUUUAUAUAUUUUGGUACAUGUAUCAAGUCGUGUUAAGGAGACAUAUGAUGGAGGGAAUGUGUCUGAUUGCUGUUACAUAAAGUCCAGAUUCAUAACUAUAAUUCCAGUGGUAUGGCCAUCUGUACUUAUAGCACAAGUGCAGAUGUCAGGUGGGCAUCACUUGUGGUUGCACUAUCCUAUACAGCAUUUAGCUAGCUGUUACUAUAGGCUAAUGUUAAUAAUCUGUGUUUUUUUGGUUAAGUGUUAAGUGUAUAGUGUUUCAGUGCUUUGUACAACCUGAUGUCCACUGGCAGAUGAGGCCAUACCAGGUAUCAUUCUUAUUGCGUCCAACAUUUGUGACAUCGCAAAAAAAGCAACCCAAAGCAGCAACCUACCCACAGGGGAGAACACACUUGUGACAUCACAGUAUAGGGAGCCUGAUCGACGUGUGAUAGGCAUAUUCAUCAUGGAAGGGAUUGUGCAGAGAGCUGUCCACGGGGUCAUCUGCCUGACCAGUUGGACAAAUUCUUUGUGCCAAGCUGUUUGUGUUGAGUGUUUAAGCUUAAAUUUGUUUAAAAGUGCUAAAAACUAAAACUGGAAGUGUCAUCUCAAGUUAUGCUGCUAAUCUGUUCAGCAGCUUUCUGAAGUUACUGGGUGUGAGUCAAAAUUAUCACAGUAAAUCUGAAUGGGAUUGGAUGCAAGGAUUGGGUUGAAGGACCUUAUUUGGUGACCAUGCUGUGGAGGCCUCCUUUGUUAAGAAGAGUCCUUCCUUGUUUAAAAACAUGUAUAAACAGGUACAAAAGUACUUUGGACAUUUCAUUUAGUUUGUAUGGUAAUGAUUGAACUCCCUUAUUGUUAUUUAAAUUUGAAUUCUAACUCCCAAGUGAUAAAAACAGAUCAGAACUUCAGACAGUGUACAGGUACACAGAAGAAAUGCUGUAGUAUAUUUUGUACUUAAAAAAUAAUAACUUGACCUUAAACACACUGUUAGCACAUUAUAUAUGAUAUGAAAACAAAAUGCUAGAGACAGCAGGGCCUCACCAUUAGCAGACAACCCUUGAUUGAUAUAUAUUGCAAAAUUAGUUCACAGAUUUGUACAGGUUAGUGGCAUUGUAGACUGACCGUAAUACCCAUAACAGCUUUGAUCAACACAAACCUCAGUAAGGCCACUGCUGCUUUGUAACUUGUGUUUUAAACAGGUUUUAAACUUUUUCAGUUUCAUACACAGCAGUUCCAUUGUUGUGAAGCAGAAAUAAACAGAAUUGCUGUGUGUGGUUUGAGUAAAGUAAUAUAUAAGUUAAACUCCUGGAGCAUUAGCAGUGUGUGUGGUUUUUACUUUGGAUAACCUUGGGGGGUUACCCUUCAGUAAUGCUCUUUCAUGUGUUAUAAUAGGAAUUUUCCUUUUAUGACAAACUUACCAUAUUUGUUGCUGGACAGACAGAUUUACUCUUAUUGGGGAAAUGAAGGAUGCAGAGCUGACAUUUAAAACCAUAACAUCUCUAAAUGGACAUUGUUGUCUAUAGAGCCCUCUUGCUACAGUCUUUUUGUCGCUGUGCUUGUGAGCAUGAGAAAUUGUAUGUGAAAUGGAUGGAAGGAUGAGUUUAUCUUGUCACUGAAAACAUCCAGACCUUUUUCAUAGCUUGCCCAUAGCAGAAAACUUUUUUUUUUAGAGUAUCCAUUAAUUUCUCAUAUUAAUUUGUUCUCUGUAUAUAUCAAUGUUUUUGAACAUGAUGAAGGAUAGGGAAGCGUCAUGUACUACACAGCAUCUCUCUAAUGGUUUUGACUGUCUGGGUGAGAUAUAUUUAGUUGUACAUUUUUGUGUUGGUGGACAGUGUACCAUAACUUAACUCCCAACACAGCUUUUGUAGGGUGUGGCUUAUGCCACUGCAUGGGGCGUGGGAGUGUGAAAUUUUGUAUAUAACUGUCAUAAUAAAAUUAACUGUAACUGUGUGUCUAAAUUCAAAUGAAUGUGGUAUACUUUGCUCCUUAAAUGGCCAUUCUCACCUCACGAAUCAUUAGAUUGUCCUUAAUAUGGCUCCGUGUCAUUGAUACUGUGCCAGAAAAAGUUCUCCGGUGCAUCGCCUCCCUUCCCUCUGUUUUACUCCUGCUCAUGAUCUGGGAAAAAGCCCCACGUUUAAUUGAACUGUAUUCGUCCAUCUCUCUGAUUGGAGUGUUGUACAGAUGAACCCUUCUGUGUUGUUUGUUGACACUCAGGAUCAGUAGGACUGGGAGAGAACAAACCUUCUGACACAUUUCUCUUGCCUUUUUAUUACUAAUUUAUAAUCAUUGUGUUUUUUUUGUAUGCAUACGUCUAACAUAUUCCAGAAGAUAAGCAGUCAAGUUUUACUUUAACCGGUACUGAUGAACAGUAUAUUACUAUUAUUAUGGUAAAUAUGUGUACAUUGUAAUUUUUGUAUGUUUUAAAUAAGUUCAUAAUUGUGUUUUUGAUGGGACUUUCCUGUAUAUAGCAACUUAAAACCAAAUAGUGAAUACUA